AUGUCCUGCAAAUUCGUGCUCCAGCUCCUGGGGUUCUGGCUGCUGCUGAGCCAGCCUUGCAGGGCGCGGGUCACGAAGGAAUGGCUGGAUGAAGUCAUCCACGUGUGCGGUCGGGAAUAUGUCCGUGCGAUUUUGGACAUCUGUGCGGCCACCGUGGGGUUGGAGGCACCACCUCUGCGACGUCGGCGAAUGACAGAAGAAGCUGUAUCCUCCUUCAUCAAGGAAGAUGCAGAGCCUUUCGACACAAUGCCAAAUUUGUCAGAGAAACCCAAGACAGCACUGCCUGAAGGGCAUCCAUCUCUACCAGAGCAGCAACAAUAUGUGCCUGUAUCGAGCGAUUCAGUUGGUAGCUUGGACGACUUUAAGAAAAGUUUCCAUGCUACACAAGGUGAAGCAGAAGACAGCAGUCUUCCAGAACUUAAAUCCUUAUACUUGGACACUCUUUCGCGGAAAAAGAGGUACACUGGUAUAUACAUGAGUCAUCAGUGUUGCUUCCGUGGUUGCUCAAGAAGAUCUCUUACUGCAGCCUGCUGA